UUCCCGCCCCGCGACUGUGGCGCAUGCGCGCAGGCGCCUACAGGUCGGGGAUCGUCAUGGCGGACACCAAGUUGCAAAGCUGCGCGACCAAUUUAAAAGGCGUCAUACUGGACAUGUGCGGAGUUUUGUAUGACAGCGGGGCGGGGGACGGCGUGGCCAUUCCCGGCUCCGUCGAAGCGGUGAGGAAGCUUAAAGCUUCCGACCUGACGCUGAGGUUCUGUACCAAUGAGACGCAGGCCUCGCGAAAGAAGUUUGUGGCCAAACUCCAAAGAUUGGGCUUUGACAUUAGUGUUGGUGAGGUUUUCUCUCCGGCACCUGCAGCGGUUGCUGUGCUGAGGGAAAGAGGACUGCGCCCCCACCUGCUGGUCUGUGACGGGGUCCUGCCCGAGUUUGACGGCGUGGAAACGAGCGAUCCCAAUUGCGUGGUGAUCGGCGACGCGGCCGAAAAGUUCUCCUACGCCAACCUGAACGAGGCGUUCAGGGUUCUGAUCGGCCUGGAGAAGCCGACGCUGUUCUCGCUCGGAAAAGGGAAGUAUUACAAGGAGACGGACGGCCUGAGCCUGGAUGUGGGAGUUUACAUGAAGGCUCUGGAGUACGCCUGCGACGUGGAGGCCGAGGUCAUCGGGAAGCCGUCGGCCGCGUUCUUCCGCAGCGUUCUCAACGACAUGGCGCUCCAGCCACACGAGGUGAUGAUGAUCGGCGACGAUCUCGUGAACGACAUCGGCGGUGCCCAACAAUGCGGGAUGAAAGGUGUGCAGGUCCGGACGGGGAAAUACAGGCCCAGCGACCAGAGUCACCCGACCGUGACGGCUGAUGGGACAGCUGACGACCUGGCCCGGGCUGUGGACGUGAUCCUCAGCUGCAGGAGGAGACCUUGAGGUGAUGCGGGCUUGACCCGUAGAGUUGAAAUCCGAAAUUUGGCCCUAGUCUUCAACCAUGGACAAAUGUUAGUAUUUUUUGAGCUUGACUGAGCCAGCUGUUUGUUCCUUUGGUGGCACAACCCCCGUCUAUAAGACUCAAGCCAGAAUAGUACAGUGUGUAAUACCUCAUUAGGGUCAAUCAAGCCAUUUAGUUGUUCCCUUUGUUGAAUCUCCUGACCCAACAAACCCCGUCACCUUUUUAAGGCUCUCGGCUGGUACACGCUGCCUCUCAGUAUUUCUGUACACGAUUGUCAUUGACCGGUUGCCGAGUUACGCCGGUGUCGGUUUCCCUCGACUGGACUUUAUUGUCACGGCGGCAGCGUCAAAGAACGCUCGCCUCGUAAAUCAGUACGAUGACCUGAAAAAAACCGCGAGCGCUGUUUUAGUGCGGUGCUAACGAAGAGAGGAUUUUCAAAAGACAAAUUGUGUUUGGCAUCAAGAGACCUGGAAAGGGGAAUUAACUCGAUGUAGUGUGCGUGUGGACAAAAGUACUGGGACAUAAGAAGCCUGCACUCUUCUCUCCUUUCUAUUUCAGUCCAACAUUGUUGGACGGGCACUUCGAGUUCUUUCUCAUCGUAUUCAUCAUGCUGAACAAAAAAAGGGCUUGUUCCCACCAAGUCUGAAAAGUUCUCCAAAUAUGGCAUUUGGAAGGAACCAAGGACUCUAAGUGCAACCUCUGAUCGAUUCACCGAGAGGUUUGUCACAUUACUGGAUUUUGGAUUGCUCCAAUCAAUAAAGUCCUGUAUGAUAUGUGACACUCAUCA